CAAAAACCCCAAAGCGCAUCCAAUGGCAUUCGCGGCCGUCCUAUCCUCCGGCUCCCACCCCCGAACCACCUCCUUCCCCCCUCCUCCCCCACCUCCCCUACAUCCACUCCUCGCCGCCGACCCACCACCGAAACCUUCGCUCUUCCCCCACUCCCCCUCGCCGCCGAUCUCCCCCUCGACUCCCCCGCUGCCCUCGCCGUUCUCGGUAGCGCCGCCCUUGCCGCCGCCGCCGUCUCCCUCACCGACCCCGAACGCCGCCGCCAACUACAGGCCCAACAGAUCGGCGGCACCGAUAAAGAAGUCGUCCGCGACUACUUCAACACCACCGGCUUCGACCGCUGGAAGAAGAUCUACGGCGAGGCAACCGAAGGCGUCAACAAGGUUCAGCUCGACAUUCGUCUCGGCCAUUCCAAGACCGUAGAAAACGCCAUCCUCAUGCUCAAGGACGGCGGACCCCUUUCCGGGGUGAGCAUCUGCGAUGCCGGCUGCGGGACAGGAAGCCUCGCGAUCCCGCUCGCGCGCGAGGGGGCGAUUGUUUCCGCCAACGAUAUCUCGGCGGCGAUGGUGGGGGAGGCGCGUCGGCAGGCGGAGGAAACGCUUGGCAGCGUCGAGGGGGUGGCAAUGCCGGAGUUUCAGGUUAGGGAUUUAGAGGGAUUGGAGGGGAAGUACCACACGGUGGCUUGUCUGGAUGUGCUGAUACAUUACCCGCAGGAAAAAGCGGAAGGGAUGAUCGCGCAUCUCGCUUCGCUUGCGGAGAAGAGAUUGCUGCUUAGCUUUGCUCCGAAGACAUUGUAUUAUAGUUUGUUGAAGAGACUUGGGGAGCUUUUUCCAGGGCCGUCGAAGGCGACGAGAGCGUAUCUACAUGCGGAGAGGGAUGUGGAGCGCGCGCUUGAGAAGGUGGGGUGGCGCGUGAGGAGGAGGGGAUUUAUUUGUACGCAGUUCUACUUCGCAAAGCUCUUCGAGGCUGUGCCGGCACCCUGAGCUGGGAUUGUUGAUGUUUUUGAAGAAACUGGAAGAUUUGACUAGGGAGGAUGAGGGUGAGUGGAAGUUGGAACUGUUCGUGAAUGUUUUUGAUGUGAUCUUGUUAAGCGAUAUCCUUCUAUCAUGCAUUGAAAUGUAAGACUUUGCGGUGUCUUCUUUGAA